AUGUCGUCGUUCCAAAACUUCCAGCCCACCCCGCUUUUCUUUCUACUGGUUGGAGGCUAUGGGAUGCUUCUCACCCUCUCUGCCGUGUUCCUUCACUACAACCUCCUGCGCAACCCCGUUUUGUCACUUUCAUUCCAAUUAUCACUCCUCAUUUUACAACCCAUACUUCUGGGUCUAUUCGCACGUCUUUGUUGCCGCCACCCCUUCAGGCUACUAGCGGAAAUCAUAUUCAUUGGUCACGCCUAUAUCCUUGCGAGAUCCGAAAGACUCUGGCCGUCUAGCAUCAUCACUUCUCUGCCCUCUGUUCCCCAAAAUACAGCAAUCGUCCUGUUUCUCGUCAUCGGCGACAUCACCUUCAAGGUCUUACAUCGGGCGACAGCUGGGUCUAGAGAGCAAACGCCCCCGACUUUCGUUGAGAUCUUCAUGACCUAUGGGAGACGGUUCGGUCUGCAGAUGCUGGCCUUAGGUCGACACGUAGUCGACAUUACCAAAACCGUGAUGGACUUCGCUGCCGAGGUGGGACGUGCAUUGUAUGCAAUCGUAGGGGAUGCCAGUUCGACUGGCCAAAGCGAUGUCGAACUUGGGGACCACGUCGAUUCCCUAUUAUCUGCAGAGGAGCACGGGAAUAUCGGUGCGAGGGAAAGCAACUAG